AUCUUAGUUUAAAACAAAACGCGCUACUAGAAACAUCUAAACGAAAAAAAAGAAACAAAACCUUAAUUUAAAACCCGGCUUAAACUUAUAAACAAAAUAACAACAACAAUAUAUUACCAAAUUUUUUCUCAUUAUACAAAUACUGGAGUAAUUAUGGCAAAUAAACAAAAAUUAAUUUUUAUACAAUUUACGCUCAUCUUUAGUAUUUUUAUAAUAAAAAUACAAGCUUUUGCGUAUGAAGCUCCUCCAAGUUGCUAUAAUCCCAAUGGUCGUAGCGGUUUGUGUGUUUCCAUCUAUCAGUGUCCAUCGCUUUUAAACGCUAUAAAAACUCAUGAACAGACAGCUUUCGCAUUUGCCCGCAAAUCCGAAUGCCAGGCAAACGGUCAAGGCCGCCGACCGUACGUUUGUUGUACUUCUGACACCGGUUUUGCCACACGCAACAAUUUAAAUGGUGAUCGUAUUAUUUUUCCCCCCGAUUCGGAUUAUGAAGAUGAUCAGACGUCACGUUAUGUAGUGGCGUCAACAACAACAGCUUAUAGGGAAAAGGAGUUUAUACAAAGAGAGAAUUCACCAUUGUUUCCGAAACCUCCUGUUUGUGGUCCCAUUAAUAUUGGCAAUAAAAUCUAUGGCGGCGAGGAAACAGAACUGGGAGAGUUUCCUUGGUUGGCCAAUUUGGAGUAUAAGAAGUUGAAUGAUGACUUAGUAUCCGUCUGUGCCGGCAAUGUAAUAAAUCAAAGAUAUCUUCUAACUGCAGCUCAUUGUGUGAAAGGAGAAAUUGAAGUAAAAAUUGGAAAAUUAGUCUCAGUACGUGUGGGUGAUCACAACACCCAAACACCGGUUGAUUGCAAUAAUUCUGGCUGUUUAGAUGACUUUCAGCGCUUGGGCAUUGAAAGGAUUAUAGUGCAUGCAGAUUAUGGUUCCUACAAUGGUUAUCACAAUUACAAUGAUAUAGCUCUCAUAAGAGCGGAUCGUAAUAUUCAAUAUUCCAAUUCAGUAGCACCGAUUUGUUUACCAAAUGUGGUACCACAAACGCCAAAAUUAAGAUCGGGCUUAAAGUUAUCGGUGGCUGGUUGGGGUCAUACGGGAACCGCCAGAUACACUGCCGAAAAACGAAAAGUAGAAUUGCCCUAUGUAGAGAAUCAGGUGUGUCCCAUUAAGGUGGCACCUGAACAAUUGUGUGCGGGAGGUGAAUAUAAAAAGGAUAGUUGUACUGGUGAUUCCGGUGGCGGUUUAGUACGUUUGGCCGGUGACGCAUGGGUUGUGGAGGGUAUUGUAUCGUAUGGGCGUGGUUGCGGUUUAGAGCGACCUGGUGUUUAUACUCGCGUUAGCAGUUAUAUUACCUGGAUACAAGCAAAUGUUCAACCAUAACAUAUUUUCGCUUAUUUUUUUUAUAUUAGUAUUUUAUUAAUCUAUAUGAUCACUGUGAUAUAUUUUAUUUAUAGUUAUUUGUAAAUUUAAAACAAAUUUAAUUACUUUUUUUUUGCAAAAACUUUCCAUUUCAAAUAUGUUUGUUUUUUGCGGUUAACAAAUGUUUUUAUUUAGUUAGAAUUAUUUAUUAUAUGAAUAUAAAAAAUAUGUUAAUGUUUAUUUAAAUAAUUAUUUGUACAAAUGAAAUCCAUUAAUUUUAUUUUAAGUACAAUUUUGUGCGACUUAAAAUCGUUAAAGGAUUUUGUGUCGUCUCAAAAACAUUAAUCAUUAAUUUAAUUAGUUUGGUUAUCUAAAUGAAAUUAAUAUUGUAAAUUACCUUUUUUUAUUGUGUGUAUUUUGAAAUUAACUAAAAUUUUAACAAAAAACAAAUACAGUUAUUAUU